UCAAUUAUCUAUUACUCUUCUUCUUCUUCUAUUGUAUUGUGUUUUUCUUCUUCUUCUUAGAGUGAAAUGAUGGCAGUGUUGAGUAAUGGGACUCCAUGGACAAAGGUUGUUACACCAUCUUUUCCCUUUCAAUUUCUUCAUCAAUCUCAUCUUUACACUUCACGAAUCUUAUCCUUUCGACGUAAAUUCUCUGUCAAUGCUCUUUCACAACAAUCCCUACCUGUUCGUGUUCGUUUUGCUCCUUCUCCUACUGGAAACCUUCAUGUCGGUGGUGCCAGAACUGCCCUCUUCAAUUACUUGUUUGCCAGGUCUAAAGGUGGGAAAUUUGUGUUGAGGAUUGAGGACACUGAUUUGGAGAGGUCUACUAGGGAAUCUGAGGAGGCGGUGCUUCGAGAUCUUUCUUGGCUUGGUCUUGAUUGGGAUGAAGGGCCGGGUGUUGGUGGAGAUUAUGGUCCAUAUAGGCAAUCUGAGAGGAAUUAUUUGUACAAACAAUAUGCUGAGAAACUUCUUCAGUCGGGUCAAGUUUAUCGUUGCUUCUGUUCUAAUGAGGAACUAGAGAAAAUGAAGGAGGAAGCUAAACUAAAGCAAUUGCCUCCAGUAUAUACGGGUAAAUGGGCCUACGCAACUGAUAAGGAAGUAGAAGAAGAGUUGGCAAAAGGAACUCCAUAUACAUUCCGGUUUCGUGUCCCGAAAGGAAGUCUAAAAAUUAGCGACUUAAUACGAGGCGAGGUUAGUUGGAAUUUGGAUACACUUGGAGAUUUUGUGAUAAUGAGGAGUAAUGGUCAGCCAGUUUAUAACUUUUGUGUGACUGUUGACGAUGCUACCAUGGCUAUUUCCCAUGUUAUCAGAGCAGAGGAGCAUUUACCGAACACUCUAAGGCAGGCAUUAAUAUAUAAGGCACUAGAAUUUCCCAUGCCUAAUUUUGCACACGUUUCCUUGAUUUUAGCUCCUGAUAGGAGUAAAUUGUCAAAACGACAUGGAGCAACAUCUGUCGGUCAGUACAGGGAAAUGGGAUACCUACCUGAGGCAAUGAUGAAUUACCUUGCAUUAUUAGGUUGGGGCGAUGGGACCGAAAAUGAGUUCUUCACUCUCGAUAAACUUGUUGAAAGAUUCACUAUUGAACGUGUGAACAAAAGUGGCGCUGUUUUUGAUUCCACAAAGUUAAGAUGGAUGAAUGGUCAACAUUUAAGGGCACGUCCAUCAGAAGAUUUGAACAAACUUAUCGCAGAGCGCUGGAAAACAUCUGGCAUGCUCACAAUAUCAGAAGGGCCCUUUGUUGAUGAAUCGAUUCAACUACUUAAGGAUGGAAUUGAGUUGAUAACUGAUGCAGAUACUGCACUUUCGAAUUUGCUUUCUUAUCCUCUACAAUCUACUUUACAAAGCCACGAAGCCGAAUCUGUCAUACAAGAUAAUCUUCCCGAGUUUUGUGCCAGUUUCUUGGCUGCCUAUGAUAGCGGUGACCUGUUACGUGCGCUCGAAGAAGGCCAAGCUGGCUGGAAAAACUGGGUCAAAGGCUUCGGCAAAUCACUCAAACGCAAGGGAAAAUCACUCUUCAUGCCCCUUCGGCUUCUGCUGACCGGAAAACUCCACGGACCAGAUAUCGGAGCUACUGUUGUAUUGCUUUAUAAAGCUGGCACUACUGAUGUCAUAGCUCCUGAAGUUGGUUUUGUGACAAUUGAUGAAAGAGUUAAAGUUCUUAGGCAAAUUAAUUGGGAAACAAUGUCCAAAGAUCAAGCUGUGAAGGAAACUGCUUCUACUGUCUAAUUGAGAAUCCACCUUCAAGGUCUUCCUCAUAACAAUAUGGUUUUUUGCACUACUUCUAUUUAUUCAGAGGCUUCUUUCAUUUUUGUUUUUAGACUUUUUUUUUUUUUACAAUCAAAGUCUGAUUUUGUAAUUUUAUUGAGGGAUGUUGAGUUUCAUUUAUUUCUUGGGAGGUGCUUAGAUAUAUUUCCUAUUGUAAUUUUGGUUUGAACUUUGUUAUAAAUUGAAGAUGAAAAUUAUCAUAGAAAUAAGGUGAUAUCUUAACUUUGUUGUAAAAGGACUAUAUUUGUGGUACAUAUUUUGAUUCUAGUAACAUGGAACUUGUUCAAAAAUGGAUCAUAUUCAUAGUUUACAAAAUCAUAUGAAUUACUAUAACCUUCUUCCAUUUGAGACUGCAAAUCUUGAUUAAAUUGAUCUUGUGGCUAGAGGUGUCAAUUACGGGCCUAAAAAAGACAAUUUCCUUUUUACACCCAUACACUUUCUUAGAGACAUGUGGUGAAAACAUUUUUUUGGGAUAUGCAUGAACACUUUU